AUGCUAGUUCUAGAAAGCUUAUUCCAGAUACAUUUUUUUGAAGAGAUUAAUCAUGCAGGAGCUAGAGGAUUGUGGGCAGAACUUGUGAAUGAUAAAGGUUUUGAAGCAGAAGCUUCCAUUAAUGGGACCUCAAAUAUUUAUCCAUGGACAAUUAUUGGAGAAAAUCAAUCAUCCAUUAUUAUAUCAACAGAGAGUUCUUCUUAUUUUGAGCGUAAUAAAAUUGCAUUACGUAUGGAUGUUAUUUGUCAUAAAACAUCUUGUCCACGUGGUGGUGUUGGUAUUUCCAAUCCGGGUUUUUGGGGAAUGAUGAGUAUCAAUUAA